UUUCUCCGUCUGAACCGUUGAAUUCAACAAAACAAAAAUUGAAAACCAUCAACACCACACCGCCCACCAAUUUUUCAUUUCCUUAGUGUCUGAGGUUUCUUACAGAUUUUCCCAAUUUUCCACAAAAUUCCUACAUUUGGAUUGGAAAACCAAAUCCCAAGAAAAGUAAAUACCAAAACCAUCCAUUUAAAGCACACAGCCUAUUUAUUACCAUCAACUAAUUUUACUCUUUCAAAAACUCAAACACAGAGAGAAAAAGACAGAGACCCACUUUGCUUUCAUUCCAUUUUCCUCAAAAGUAACGCCACCGAGAUCAUAUUCACAGGAAAACUAUUUCUUGGAUUUUCUUUCGGUUUUCGAUGGGGAAGAAAGCAGAGAUUGAAACCAAGGCCCGUGGAAAGCGAUGGAGAUUAAUGGCGGUGUUUGGAACUCUCGUCGUUCUCUUUGUUGCUAUGGCUGUCUCUUCCAAAGCCUCUACCAGAUUGUCUCUCUUUCGACAAACGCCUUGUCGCUGCGCCAAGUAUACUGGGAUUGUUGAGGAUUGUUGUUGUGAUUACGAGACCGUGGACCGACUUAAUGAGGAAGUGUUGCAUCCAUCGCUCCAAGAGCUUGUUAAAACCCCGUUCUUCCGGUAUUUCAAGGUUAAGUUGUGGUGUGACUGUCCUUUCUGGCCUGAUGAUGGUAUGUGCCGUCUGCGGGAUUGCAGUGUUUGUGAAUGCCCAGAAAGUGAGUUCCCUGAAUUAUUUAAGGAGCCCCGUAAUGUCCUCUCACCAGAUGAUCCUAUCUGUCAAGAAGGGAAGCCACAGGCAGCCGUGGAUCGUACAAUAGAUAGUAAAGCUUUCAGAGGCUGGACAGAAACAGACAAUCCCUGGACAAAUGAUGACGAAACUGAUAAUUCUGAGAUGACAUAUGUGAACCUACAACUCAAUCCUGAACGCUAUACCGGUUACACUGGUCCAUCUGCUAGAAGGAUUUGGGAUUCUGUCUAUAGUGAGAACUGCCCCAAAUAUCCGUCUGAAGAGUUAUGCCAAGAGGAAAAAAUUUUGUACAAACUGAUAUCUGGUCUUCACUCCUCAAUUUCAAUUCAUAUAGCUGCUGAUUAUCUAAUCGAUGAAGCUACAAACUUGUGGGGUCAAAAUCUCUCAUUGAUGUAUGAUAGGGUCCUAAGAUAUCCAGAUCGUGUCAGAAACUUGUACUUCACAUAUCUCUUUGUUCUCCGAGCUGUGACAAAGGCAGCAGAUUAUUUGGAACAUGCUGAAUAUGAUACUGCUAACCCUACUGAGGACUUGAAGACACAGUCCUUGAUAAGACAGCUACUUUUUAAUCCCAAAUUGCAAGCUGCAUGCCCAGUCCCAUUUGACGAAGCUAAGUUGUGGAAAGGCCAACGUGGACCUGAACUAAAGCAGGAAAUACAAAAGCAAUUCAGAAACAUAAGUGCAAUAAUGGACUGUGUAGGAUGCGAGAAGUGUCGUCUGUGGGGAAAGCUUCAGGUCCUUGGGCUGGGUACUGCAUUGAAAAUCCUCUUCUCUGUUGAUGGCCGGGAACACUUGCUUCAGAAUCUGCAAUUGCAACGGAAUGAAGUGAUUGCAUUGAUGAACCUACUGAAUCGACUGUCAGAGUCUGUCAAGUUUGUCCAUGAAAUGGGACCUUCAGCUGAAAUGAUUAUGGAGGGGCAGAUUUCUUCACCCAGUUCCCCGAGUAGAUUAUGGGAAAUGAUAAGGACAUUCAUAGUUUAAAAAACCGAGGUAUACCCUACUCUCUAUUAGCACCUCUGUCUCUCUCUCUGUCUCCUUAUUAAAUUUAAUUCUUAAUUUAGCUAAAGAGAUUGUGUUGUCUGAUUUUUUUUAUGUUACUUGCAGGUAAGUGCUAAUCACUGAAUUUAGUUUGAAACAGCUAUACAUUACGUCGAAAGGAAUAGGUUAUAGGAAAGUGCAGUGUGGGUUUAAGAGAGAAUGGCCCCAUGGAAAGAGGAUAUGAUAGAAAGUGUAAAAAAACCAUUUCAAGACCUUUUGAGUUGGUAAAUUUGUAAUUUUCCGGAUUUGAAAAUUUUGGAAGUUCAAGGGCAUAAUAGUUCUGCAUUUUCUUCAA